UAUCCAACUUUCGUCUACGAAUAGUACAACCCUGUACCCAGGAUAUGUUUUUAUUUUCACAAAACUUUGGGGGCGAGGUUCGAUUAGAAAGCAUAAAAAAGAAAUUAAACCAGUAAAUGAAGAAGAUUAUUAUUACAAUCCAAAGGUAACCAUUUUUUAAUUCCUAUCUCUAAUUUUCGUAGGUACAUCGCAGCAAAAGUUGGUCGGAUAUUGGGGCCAAAAUGGCGGACGGAGUGAACUUUCUCUUCAACAGUAUUGCGAAAGCUCGGCAUAUGACGUCAUUGUUAUUGGAUUUGUGCACAAAUUUUUUGAUGAGAAGAGCAAAAACUACCCUAUCAUUAACUUAUCAAAACAUUGCGGUAAUAUGCCCAAUUCUGAAUAUCCUACGUUAAUUAAAUGUGGAAACAGUGUAAACAAUGCCAUAAAAACAUGCCAGGCGAAUAACAAGAAAGUGGAGAUUUCUUUGGGAGGAGGUACUAGUACGUACACACUACCUAAUGAUGAGACUAAAGCGAAACAGUUAGCGAAAAACCUUUGGAAUCUUUACCUCGGCGGAAAAGAAGACGCAACAUUGAGGCCAUUUGGAUCGGUAAUCUUAGAUGGAGUGAACUUGGAUAUCGAGCAUGGUAAAGCCGAUAAUGGUUACGCUGUACUUGUUCGUGAAUUGCGCGCACUUAUGAAAACAGAUAUAUCAAAGAAGUACACCAUAACAGCUUCUCCGCAAUGUCCUUUCCCUGAUGUUCUGUUAAAAAACGCGCUUGAGCAAGAGGGACAUUUGUUUGACGAGCUUUACAUACAAUAUUAUAACAACUAUUGCUAUCCUGGAGACAGAUUUUUCAAAGACAAUCUCCAAGAUUGGAUUGGAUUAGUAAAGAAUUUGAAUGCGAAAAAAUCAAACGGAGUACUAACGAUAUUUAUUGGUUUACCGGCUUAUCCGAACGUGACUAUAAACCAGAAAUAUUAUCAAAAUUUCAGAGAGGUGGAGAAGCUUUACGAUACGGUAAAAAUACACGAUGAAUUUGGUGGCUUCAUGUUAUGGGAUGCUGGUUGGGAUGAGUUGAGUAAAUACAAUAACAAGAGAUACAGCGAUCAUUUAAAAGCUUUGUUCACAAAAAAAAAGAACAUUGCAGCUGCUUGGGGACAAAAUAGCGUAUCGAACGCACCUGGAGAUAGCACUGAAGCAUCUCUUGAUGUUUACUGCGCAAGAAAGUACUACGACAUCCUGACAAUUUUUUUGAUGUAUAAUACAGAUGACGUCCUGUCGAUGGACAUGUCGAAACAUUGUGGAUUUAAAUUUCCUGGUACAAAUAUUGUUUCAUGCGAUAAAAUUAUAGCUGACAUUAUGAAAGGAUGUCAAACGGUCGGAAAGAAGUUGCUUAUAACGCUGGGAAAUGUAGAGUAUGAUAUGAAACUGACAUCUCAUAUUAAAGCUGAAGCGCUUGCAAACAACAUAUGGAACAUGCUAUUUGCAGGAAGCUCGCAGCACAGGCCUUUUCAUGAUGUUGUUCUUGAUGGCAUUACAAUCUAUUUAAAAGAUGGUACCACAAGCGCUGAUCAUUGGGCUCACUUUUUUCAGCAUUUACGACGCAAGAUGGAUGCUGAUAUCAGAAAACCAUACACCAUCACCAUAAUGACACCGUGUAUGUUUCCAAACACAAAGUUUCAAUCUCUCUUCCAAAGUAUUCGCGCGGAUGUGGAUAGUAUAUAUGUUUAUAUAGACAACCAAGGCUGCAGUUCUUCAGCGGAUGGAAUUAAGUCAAACCUGUUGGAUUGGUUGACAUUACGUGGAAACUCGUCCGGGCCUAAUGUGUACUUAGGCUUACCCUCCGAUCCUGGAGCAUCAGGUCAUGUGUACUUAACUCCGCAAAACCUCAACACGACUUAUCACCAGGUGUUAAAAAGUAUGGAUGGAUUUGGCGGCUUUUUUCUUUGGGAUGCAGGAUGGGAUGGCCACACGAGCGGUAAAAAAUAUAGUGACUAUAUUGGAGAAAUGAUUACGCAGGCAAAGCCACGACCAAGUAAGUAUUUCUACUCAAAAUGUUAUAUGUUAAAAUUUCAUUUGUCUGUUUAAU